AUGAUGUGCAGCAGAGCGUCCCAAACAGUUCCUUUCCAGCGGCGUUUCUUUUACUUCUGGAUCCUGGCUUCUUCAAGAGAGCAUUCCCAAUUGAAUUGUGAGAAACUACCCGAAGAGAGGAAGCUUGAAGGAAAAGUUGCAUGGCUGAGGGAAGCUGAUAUCUGGAGGCAAGAGGAAGAAAGAAAAUCAGCUCUUCACGCUAGACUUGGAAUUAAUACAGCAAUUCAAUGGAUGCUUAUUGAAUUGAGGGCGUGUCUGCCUGUUGGUUUUGAAGGGAUAGAGGGGAGGAGCACUCAGGGCUACCCGAUUCCCAGGGUACAUCGGCCGGCUGCGUUACACCCUGCCCAUGCGGCUCUCAAUUAA